UUUUAUUGAAAUGAAUGAGGACGCCAUCUUGGAAGACAAAAGUAGCUUACUCUAGUUAUAUUAACUCUACGCAAAAAGCACAUGUAAAUGUUUACUUCCUACUUUACUCGCCUUGAAUAUCGGGGUAUACGAUUGGUGGAUUUUAUGAAGGUGUCAUGUAUAUGAGCUCUUAUUGGAUGCGGACCAUAGUUGUCCGGAAAACAUGCCUGUGUCGAUAAAGAAACGCAAUGUUUGUUCCUUGAAAAAUGUGCAAGAACUGGACAUGCCAACACAUUUUUUAAGGGUUGUUGAACAGUUUUAAAGCGAUACAGAAAAUUCCAGCUGAUCCAUCGCCAGGGAUAGUUCAAAUGCACGAUUGGAGCUUCAGCCCACCACCUAUAAUAUUAACUCUACGCACUAGCUUCACCCGGAAGGUUCAGGUUCCGCAUCUCGUACCCAAUGCAUUUUGCUGGCUAGUUCUUUUCGAGUUAACAGGCAUUGUUCUGAACAUUUUAUAUCGACGCGUCAUAAUGAACAAUAUAUUUCUUAGACGAGAGUCAACGUUUUAAUUAGGCUUACAAAUCGAAAUAGGAAUUGAAUCUGCACCCUCCUGGAGUUCACCUUGAAUGAACGGACGAACUAUAGCUGUGCCUGCAAUGAGGCACUAAUUUAAUUUCUACCUGCUUUAUAAUGGGCGUAGUUCUUCGAAAUCUGCAGAAAGUUGUUCCACUACGACGUGCUACACUACGCAAAGAUGUAGACACUCUCAGGCACAUACUAGGGCUACAAAAAUUUGAUAUAGGUAUAAUUUGCGUUGAUAACCGUAGAAUUCAACGCAUUAAUAACAUUUAUCGGAAAAAGAACACGCCCACAGAUGUCCUUUCAUUUCCUUUCUACGAGGACUUGAGACCAGGAAGGCUGCCUUGUCCCAUACACAGAGACGAGCUUAACCUUGGAGACAUUUUCUUGGGGGUUGAAUACUUGACGAAAACGUGCCAGAACGAAUCUCAGGAUAUUCAUGGUGUUCUCACAGUGGUCACUGCUCAUGGGAUCUGUCAUCUACUGGGCUAUAGACAUGAAACAGAGGAAGAGUGGGCAGAGAUGAUGCAGAAGGAAAGCUAUAUUUUUACUGAGUUUAACAGACUCACUGGCAGACUUCUGGAACCUCUGACCAAGAAAUGCACCCAAAGCAGAAGCAACCUUGAAACCGGGCUCAGACGGUACCCGAGCAGGUGGGAGGCGCCGGCAAGAACAACUUCCUGAUGCAUGAGAAAGCUCAACCCUCUUUUCAUCUUUUUAUCUUACUGCACAGUACAAUAUAUGCUGGGGCAAGGACAAAUAGUGAGUUGGACUUCUUGAACCAGCCCAAACUCUGUUGCGGGUUAG